GCGGAAGUGUUUGAAUAUUCAUACUUCUAGCUAGCCGUGCUUAGCUUGUUGUAAUUUUAGCUCGGUUUUCACACUUAUAAACCGCACGGCUAAACAUCGAUCGUUGUGUACAUGUUUGAUACGAGUGUUUGAACAACACUACUGCGAGAAAAGGUUUAAUUUUGUCGACAGAACGAAGCUGGAUCAAGCGGGUACUAUUACAAGUCGAAGCACUUUUUAUAAAAUACUUUUCAUUGCUCAGUCUAUACAAGGUAUUCGUGACAUGAGUUGAGCAUUUCUUGUUGUGCUGUUUUCGUGGGAUAUUAAUUCACGGUGAUACUCGAUCGAGGUUGACAAAUUGGUAGCUGUACGAGCGAGAAGUCUAAAGUUUUACAGAAAAGAUUGAUCUUAAAAAUGCCCGAACGAGAUAGUUAUGGUCGUCUUGGAGGCUAUUUAGAAGUGGAGGAACACGACUACGCUGAUGCUUGGAGAAAGCGUUUCGUCCUUCUUGACGACACGACUUUAAGAUUUUACCCCGGUAAAGAAACGAUGCAGGAAUCCAUAAAAGAUGCUCCAAACCAAACUAUUGAUUUGGCCUACAUAACAAAGGUUGCUAUAACGACCAAUAAGCCAACAGCUGAUUACUGUUUUGAGAUCCACACAGCAUCCAAGAAAUGGUAUUUGAAAUCAGACAGCGAAUCUGAAAUUGAAGAGUGGUUCAAAGCACUGCACAAAGCUGCAGUAAAUCCGAGUCGUGAAAGCAUUGGAGGUGUGGAAAGAGGUGGAAGUGUUAAAUCUACGUGUAGCAAUGAUUCCUUGGAGGACACACAGAGUAAUGUGAGCUAUGAGACAAAAAUCAUCGGCGGAAUUCCUGUCAGAACCGUUAAGACCAAUACUGGUGACCCUGAUUCGCUUCCUAACAGCCGUUGUAACUCGGGAACAAGUGACACAAUCAGGCCGAUAAAAGGGGGUUACUGCAUUAAGCAAGGUGCAGUGGUGAAGAGUUGGAAAAGGCGAUAUUUAAGAUUGGAUAUGUUUAAAUUUUGUUAUUACGAAAAAGAAACGGAUAAAGAACCGCGAGGUUCGGUGUCCGCAACGGAUCUCAGAGGAGCUAAACCAUAUACCGGGGCAGCAAUCAGCAAUAAACCACAUGUUUUCGAAGUGGUCACUCCUCAGAGAACGUACUACAUCCAAGCGGAAAGCGAGGAGGAUAUGUUGGAAUGGGUACGAGCUUUUAAACAAGUUAUAAGAUCGAUCAAAGGGAAAUCAACUGUGGAAGCAUCAAAUUUCAUAAAAUAACCAAGGAUAUAGUCCAUUAAAGAAGUUAUAUUUUUAUAUACAACACGCAUGCGUGAUGGCAGUGAUUUGCAAGGCGUCCUGGUUCGCUAUGUAAUAUAUUUUAAUGUGUAUUAUGCCAUAGAUAUAUAUUCAUGAAUAUAUUAUUGGACGUGUAUUUUUAAUCACGACCAAUUCUUGUUCACCAUGACGGUUAAAGAGACGUCAAUCACUACCAGGGAUUUUGUUAUUCCGAUUAAUACCAUUUGAACUAUAUGCAUGGUACAUAUGAUGUUACUAGUACAUAUUACAGUAGGGUAUAUACUGUGGUAAAUAUUACUCUUUGGUACGAUCGAACAUAUUACUGUAUGGUACUAUAGUUUAUAUUCGAUGGUACAUACUUUACUAAAAUUGGUAUUAUACAUGGUACUUAUGGUAUUACUUCAUAGUACGGUAUAGUACUAUGGUUCUUAUAGUCUUGCUAUGGUACAUAUUACUGUAUGGUAGUACUAUAGCAAAUUUACUGUGUGGUACUAUGGUGCGUUAUUCAGCGAUUAGCGAACAUUAUUCAUUAUGACAAUCAAACGAAGUUAGUGGUUAUAAAGUUACU